AUGUCUCAGGGUGCCCCGACCUCACAGCACAGUGCAGAGAACACAGCGCGGGAGGAGAAGGGAGUACACUGGCCCCAGUGCAGGCUGGCCCCACCCCUCCCAGUCUACCAGUACACUGGCCCCCAGUGCAGGCUGGCCCCACCACCACCAGUCCACCAGUUGUACUGGCCCCCCAGUGCAGGCUGGCCCCACCCCUCCCAGUCCACCAGUGUACUGGCCCCCAGUGCAGGCUGGCCCCACCACCACCAGUCCACCAGGGUACUGGCCCCAGUGCAGGCGGGGGCGUGCCUUGGCGGCGGUCGGCUGCAGUGCGGGGCGGAGGCGGGGUGCAGCAGACAGCCACCGUCCGUCAGGUUCAGGCUGAGCCAGUGUCUCGGUGGCCAGCGGCUCCAGGGAGACGCCGGCCACUGCCAGUCUCAUCCUAGCCUUGCCUCCGUCUGUCUCACAGGUAAAGCUAAUGCUAACGUGGUGUGGGACGAGGACGCGGUGGAGACGUUCCCCUCCAGGCCGGUGCGGAUCGCCUUUGUCCUGGUGGUCCACGGCCGCGCCUCACGCCAGUUCCAGAGGCUCUUCAAGGCCAUCUACCACGUCUCCCACUUCUACUACAUCCACGUGGACCAGCGGUCCAACUACCUCCACCGGCAGGUCCGGACCCUGGCCUCCCAGUACCCCAACGUCCGGGUCACCCCCUGGCGCAUGGCCACCAUCUGGGGCGGGGCGAGCCUGCUGACCAUGUACCUCCGGGCCAUGGCCGACCUGCUGGCCAUGAGGGACUGGAGCUGGGACUUCUUCAUCAACCUCAGCGCCGCCGACUACCCAAUCCGGACCAACAACCAGCUGGUGGCGUUCCUGUCCAAAUACCGAGACAUGAACUUCAUCAAGUCCCACGGCAGAGACAACGCCAGGUUCAUCCGGAAGCAGGGUCUGGACCGGCUGUUCUUCGAGUGCGACACCCACAUGUGGCGGCUGGGCGACCGCAAGAUCCCAGAAGGCGUCUCGGUGGACGGCGGCUCGGACUGGUUCCUCCUGAACCGCGUGUUUGUGGAGUACGUGAUCAACUCCCAGGACGACCUGGUCAGCAGCAUGAAGCGCUUCUACGCCUACACCCUGCUGCCGGCCGAGUCCUUCUUCCACACGGUGCUGGAGAACAGCGCCCACUGUGAGUCCAUGGUGGACAACAACCUGCGCAUCACCAACUGGAACCGCAAGCUGGGCUGCAAGUGCCAGUACAAGCACAUCGUGGACUGGUGCGGCUGCUCGCCCAACGACUUCAAGCCCGCAGACUUCCACCGUUUCCAGCAAACGGCGCGGCCCACCUUCUUCGGCAGGAAGUUCGAGGCGAGCGUGAACCAGGAGGUCGUGAACCAGCUGGACAGCUUCCUGUUUGGGCCCGCCGCCGGAACGCCUGCGCUCCACUCCUACUGGGAGAGCGUGUACGACGAGCCCGACGGCGUGGCCUCGCUCAGCGACCCCCAGCUCACCCUCUUCCACUCCUUCUCCCGGCUCGGCCUGGCCCGCGCCGCCGCCUCCCUCCAAGGGGUCCCGCACGACCACAGCUGCAGGUCCGUCCCCACGCCGCGACCAGUCGACCACCGUCUCCUGCGGCCGUCAAAUAAGUUCCUCCGCGUCUCCAAGAACCCGAGUUUGGAGUAA